CUCAACCCCUCAUAAGUGAAAGUAAACCACAAGCCGGUGAGAUAUUUAUUUUUUUACGUGCAAACUUAUAUAUUUUAAUUUCCGAAUAUAAAAUUGUUGAUAUUUGUUAUAAAUAAAGAUUAGUUCCACAAAAUACCGUAAUCAAACGAGUGCAUUUUAAAAUAAUAAAUAAAGAAUUUAUUCUUACUUUUUUUAAAAUUCAAAAGUUUAAAAUUAUCCUCACCAUGAAUAGAGGUUAUACUACUGUCAAAAAACAUAAAAUUGUUUACGAAUGGACAAUUUCCGAAGUUAACUUUUUUAUGGAAUUGGCCAAAACUGCCACGAAAGAUAUCGAAUUAUUUUCACCAGAAUUUUCAACAGAAACUUCAACAAAAGAUUCAUGGAAUUUAAAUUUAAUGUUCAAUCCAUCAGAGAGUCCUGGAGGUAAAGAAUGGAUUUCAUUAUUUCUUGCUUCGUUGAAUGACAAACGUGAAAUAAAAACAACAUUUUCAUUUUUUAUAAUAAAUGACAAAAAACAAAAAGUUAAUGUAACGACCGGUACAUAUAUUUUUGAAAACGCCGUAGGCAAUGGCUUUGCACAGUUUAUAAAAAAAACAGAGCUACUAGAAAAGAAAAAUGAGUUAAUGCCAGAUGACACUUUGACAGUUGGAGUAGAACUUACUGUGUAUGACGAUUGUUCUUCAACUCUCAUUAAUUUGCCGCUAAAAAAAACAAAGCGUUUGAUGGCUGAUGAUUACAAAAAACUUUUUCAAACUAAAGCGGGCAGUGAUGUCGUCAUAAAUGUUAAAAAUGUUUAUUUUGAAGCUCAUAAAUCCAUUUUAAUAGCUCGCAGUCCUGUUUUUUUUACGAUGUUCUGCACCGACAUGAAAGAGAGUAAAGAAAACUCAGCCAAUAUUCCAGAUAUAGAUCCUGAUAUCUUCCACUGUAUGUUGGAAUUUAUUUACACUGAUCAAGUUGUUGACCUGGAUAACGUUGCUGAAGAUUUAAUUGAAGCUGCAGAACGGUUCCAACUGCAGGCUCUCAAAGAAAUGUGUAUAGAGUCAUUAUGUCGGUCUGUGAGCAUUGAUAAUUCUUCUAGGAUGCUUGUUUUAGCCGAUCGCUAUAAUGCGGAAGAUAUGGUAGAAUUUAUUGCAAAAUAUAUUGGCUCUAAUGCGGAGUAUGUUGUAAAGACGGAUGAAUAUACGAAGAUGAAGAAAUCAAAUCCGCCUUUGGCGGUGAUGUUGUUUGAAAAAUUUGCCGCCUUGAAAUCUGAUUAAUUUAUAUUAUUUUAAUUACUUUGUGUGUAAAAAUGACUUAUUUUCGAAAACAAUAUGAAAGACUAGUUUUUGUUCAGCGUCGCAGUAUUUUCAUAGCAGGAGUAUUUGUUUUUGUAAUUCAAAAAAAACCAUGAAUUUUCUUAUUGAACAAAUUAAAUACAAACAAUAUGAUAACUAUGUAAUGUAUAAUAUGAUAUACAAAGAGGAAUAUUUAAUUUUUAUUACAAAUAAACAGGGAUUUAAUUUUUAUUAUACCU